AUGGGCUCUAUUAACAAUUUGGACAAUGAGGCAUUCCAAGACGAGCGUGCGAGAGGUGGUACUCAUCACUUCAUUCCUGAAGCCUUGAGCUCUCUUGAGACGUUCGACCACCGACGAGUGUUAGACAUUGUAUCUCAGCUUCGAAAGUGUGGACUGAACAGCGUCCUGUCAUUACCGCAAAUAGUGGUUUGCGGCGACCAGUCAGCAGGGAAAAGUUCAGUAUUGGAAGCAUUAACUGAGAUACCCUUUCCACGCAAGGACAACUUAUGUACAAGGUAUCCGACCGAGAUAAUAUUACGACAGGCAAAAUCAGAUUCACUCCAAAUCAGAGUGAUCCCCGGUCCCGAACGCUCUGCCGAAGAGCAAAAAUCUAUCAAAGACUUCAGGGAAAGCAUCACAAGCUUUGAGGAGUUGCCCCAAGUCAUGGCUAAAGCCACAGAGGUGAUGGGAAUAGACAAAGAGAAUGGUGACGGUGGCGAUACGAAUCAUCGACAUGCCUUUGCGCGUGACGUGCUCAGUGUCGAGAUAGAAGGACCAAAUCGCCCGCAGCUUACGGUUGUUGAUUUACCCGGAAUCGUACAGUCACAGACAAAAGAUACCUCGCAGGCAGACGUCGACAUGACAAUCAAAAUAACCGAGUCGUAUAUUUCCCAACCACGUACCAUUUGCCUAGCCGUUAUAUCCGCAACUAACGACUAUGCCAACCAACCGAUUCUCAAUAAGGUUCGCCAUUUUGAUCCCAAAGGUGAACGUACCCUGGGCAUCAUCACCAAACCGGAUCGGCUGCACCCUGGCUCAGAAACUGAAGAUGCCUUUCUUCGCUUAGCAAAGAAUGAGGAUAUCUAUUUCACAUUAGGAUGGCAUAUCCUUAAAAAUCGAAGUUACGAAGACGCCGAGGUUUCCAUUCAGGAAAGAAAUGCUUCCGAGUCAAAUUUUUUUCGACAAUCUAGAUUUGGAACACUUCCUCCCGAGCAAAUAGGCAUCGGCAGUUUUACAGACCGUUUGAGCAAAAUGUUAUUUUCGCAUGUGCAGCAAGCACUCCCACGGCUUCAUCAGGAGCUAGAUGAAGCUUUGGAAGAUAUCAGCAAAGAAUUGGCGGUUAUAGGAGAGUCUCGUGCUUCUCCGGAAGAAUGCAAAAUAUUUUUGGCUCAAUUGGCAUUAAGUUUCUAUGAGAUUUGCAAAGCGGCCGUCAAUGGCCACUAUGAGGGUGAUUACUUUAGAUAUACCGGGAAAGGAUCCUCUAUUCAAGAUCUGGCCGUCAAUCGACGUUUACGUGCUGAGAUUCAGCUCCUCAAUCAAGAAUUUGCUGAAGAUAUACGCCAAAAAGGACAUAAAUAUCACAUCAUAGGCCUGGGGGAUGUUUCUCCAGAUACGAAGCAAGAGGACCUAGAGUCUCUCGAUGAAGAACCUUUGGAAAGUGAAAGAGAGACCAAAAACAAACCCCCAGCUAUCUUGGACCCCCAGAAGAUGCAACACCGAAAGGCGAUGAAGUGGGUGAAUGAUGUAGUUGUUAGAACGCGGGGACGAGAGUUACUCGGUAACUUCAAUCCUCUCGUUAUUGCAGAGCUGUUUCGAGAACAAUCUUCUAGAUGGAGUUUCUUCGCAAAGGAACAUAUUAAUAAGGCAUCAGACGCAUCUAGGCGUUUUUUGGAGCGUGUCCUCCACGACAUGGCACCUCGGGAUAUAUUCAAUCGACUUUGGCCUCGAAUCUUAGAAGAUAUAACAAGAAAACGCCAGCAUGCCACAGAUGAGCUUGGAAAAAUUGUCAAGGAUAGUCGAAGCUAUGUGAUUAACUACAAUCACUAUUAUACUGAUACUAUCAAGAAAUCUCGAUAUGAAAGGAGAAAGACCCACAUGGAGCAAUGUCUCGCGAAAGCCACGCGCCACAGAAAGAUACCAGGAUCGAAAACAGACCAGACAUAUGCUGAUAUUGACCUAAAUCAUCUACUCGGCCUCUUUUCGGAGCGCAUCGAUCCCAACAUGGAUGAUCAUAGUUCUGAAGAAGUUCUUGAUUGUCUAUUUGCAAUAUACAAAGUAAACCAGAAAGUAUUUAUUGCAAAUGUUACCAUCCAAGUUAUUGAGCGGCACAUUUUGCAGGGUCUGGAAGACAUCUUCUGCCCAUUGACUGUUGCAACUAUUUCCGAUGCCGAUGCAGUUGCUCUCGCAUCAGAGCCUGCGGCCACUACGAAACAGCGAGACUUUUUGACUGGUAGGCUUGCAAAACUUAAGCAGGGACGUGAAAUAUUGCGAGAAUUUACGUCGACUUGA